CAUGACUCACUAAUAUUCAUUGUAUGCUUACAUCAUUCUAUGCCGACGAUAUAACAUUAACUCUUCUGCAGACAUCAUGCUCCCUCUCUUUGGCGACGAACGGCGACGAAACAUUAACCUGGGCGGGGCAUCGUCUGCAUCGACGCAAGCGGCUAUCCUAGAUCAAGCAAAACAGCUGAGAAACAAGCGCAAUGAGCUCAAACGACAGCAUGAAAACGCGGCGAUUUUGCAAGCAUGGUGGAGAGGUAUCCGAGAGGCGAGAUUGGUGCGAAAAGAGAUGAGAAGAACAUUCGAGAACGAUGUCAUGGGCAUUACUGGCCUUCGAUGCCUAGUGCUCAUCGGGCAGGACGAGGAGGCACUAGGGGUAUGGUCGAAUGCGAUGCUGUCACAGAACCAAGAUAGUUUCGACAUGUUGUCCUCGAAUAAGAGCUGGGUAGUGCUUGUAAGGCAGCUAAGCCUUCGUCUACUACGCUCAGUAGCCGCCGCGCCACUGUCGUCAAAUUCAGAAUCUCACCUGAAGGUCCUUACGAUGCUGACUCAGUCGUCAAUAUCCGCGGAGGUGAUGCGAUAUCUGCUGUCACAUGGCGGGUAUGGAUUACUAUCCAGAUCUUUCCUGGCAUUUGGCAUGCAGUCGAAGAACUCACCACAGCUACGUCUCUUGGUUCCCUUGCUGACUGUCUCCUUCCGAAUAUUCCCCCCGCCCUCACCAGAAUAUCUUCAAGCAAUAAUAGGGCUGUUUUCCGACAUCUUGACCAUAUCUCUCCUCCCCAACCGAAUGCCCAUAACAUCCCUUACACACUUCUCCUCGACUCUUCCCUUUGCUCAGCUGCCUCUUCUUGAACCACAUCUUUCCGCCAUCUGUUCAAAGGACACAGAGCCCAAAGUCAAUCUUGUCGCCAACCUUCUUACAUUUAUCACCCCUCCUCGCUAUGCAAUGCUGCAGCCAAUACUUUCUUCCUACUUGUCGCUUCUAACAGCCGUCCUGAACUCGUUACCUGUCAACGCUUUGGAUCCACCAGCAGCGAAUACCAGUAGCUGGUCCCGCGAGGAUGAAGAUGAUGAAGAUGAUCGUACAGUCGUGUCGGUGGUGACAGAUUUCAACGUCGUCCCUCUUCCAACGUUGGACCCUCGCACCAUGACCCGCUUGCGGACUCUUCCUUCUCCUGCGCACAUCAGUUCGAUCAUUACUAACUGCCGCUCAUCCAUCAUAACCUUCGUCCUUUCUUUGACGAGGGUGUGGCCAGCAGAACGUGGCAGUAUCCUCACAGCUGUACUGAUGUCCACCGGGACUGGCUUUUUGAGAGAGCUAUAUCGAGUGCAUGUUAGGUCUUCACCAAUAGGCAAGGACGACGAUCCGGAUGCUGUCAUGGAUCCAACACAUGCAGGAGCUUGGCCUUCGUUGCUUUUGUUAGCGGAUCUAUACACUCAGGCGUUAUUGACGAUGGGUGACGACGAGUUCUUCGACUCAUCGGGCACAAGGAAUCCUCUGACGUUGGAUGAUCUGACAUCAUUUAGUCGCCAGUUGCUGAUUAUAGCAUUCACGCUCUAUUGGCGAGAUGAUCAGACAAGGUUGCAGAAAGAAAUGGUGUGCCCAGAUGUUCGAUGUACAUGGGAAGGCGCCAGGGAGAAAGUAACAAAGUGUUUGUUGGCGAUUCAUUCUCGAGACUCUCGCAAACCAUUCGUGCCACGUGAACAUUGGCUUGUUGGUUCUCAAAUUGAUAUGAACGGCUUUAUCGAAGCUGCUGUGUAUGAAGAAAAAGUGCUGUCUGAUGACCCGGUCCCUGUGAAGGCCCCUACGAAGCGGCAAAUGGCGAAUAUGUCACCUCGACUAGGUAUCCUCAACAACAUUCCUUUCGCCAUUCCAUUCGACGUACGGGUGUCAAUUUUCCGGAAUUUUAUCCUCAACGAUGCGCGCAAGCAUGGAGACGACCUUCAUUCGUUGAGACAUAAUCGGACAAUGGUCACUAUUCGACGGGACCACAUCGCAGAAGAUGGAUUCGACAAGCUCGGAGAUGCGAACCUGAAAGGCCUCGUGCAAAUAACAUUCAUAGACAAGUUUGGAGAACCUGAGGCUGGUAUUGAUGGUGGAGGGGUGUUCAAGGAGUUCUUUACGUCCCUUUGCAAAGAGGUCUUCGACACAGAUCGGGGGCUGUGGUUAGCCAACAAGAACAACGAAUUGUACCCAAAUCCUCAUGGAUACGCCAAAGAAGGUCACAGCCUCAGUUGGUACCGCUUUAUUGGGAGAAUAUUGGGCAAAGCCAUAUAUGAAGGGUAUCCUGGUAGACGUGGCAUUUGCUGGUGGCUUGGAAGACAAAAUCUUCUUGACGACCUUGCUUCUCUUGAUCCAGAAUUGUACAAUGGGCUCAUGUUUUUGAAGCACUACACUGGAAACCCGGAAGACCUGUCGUUGAACUUCACGGUUGCUAUCGAGGAAUUCGGCGUGACGAAAACGAUAGAUUUGGUCCCUGAGGGGAGCACGAUGGCUGUCACCAGAGAGAACCGACUGCAAUACAUCUACCUGGUCUCGCAUUAUCGCCUCAGCAAACAGAUUAAACUCCAGAGUGAGGCCUUCUUUGAGGGUCUUUCUGAGACUAUCGACCCCAAGUGGCUGAGGAUGUUCAAUCAACAAGAGGCCCAGAUCUUGAUUGGCGGUGUGAACUCGCCCAUAGAUCUGGAGGAUCUCAGGGAGAAUACGAAUUACGGCGGGCUUUAUGACAACAACGAGCCCACGAUUGUCGCUUUCUGGAAGGUCGUUGAAACGUUUGAUCAAGAUCAGCGGCGGGCCUUGUUGAGGUUCGUAACAAGCUGCAGUCGGCCUCCGUUACUAGGUUUCAAGGAGCUUGUGCCCAAGUUUGGUAUUCGUGACUCUGGCAGUGACGAGCAUCGUUUGCCUACAGCGAGUACGUGCUUUAACUUACUGAAGUUGCCGAGGUACCAGAGCGAGAAGGUGUUGAAAGACAAGUUGCUCCGGGCGAUAACUUCUGGUGCUGGGUUUGAUUUGUCAUAAAUGAAUGAGGCCAGGUGUGGCGCACCUGCAAUGUUGAAGAUCGCAUACGUGUUUAAGCAUCAAAUUCUUGUACUGCAAUAGAUUCCGUCUACUUUUGUCAAACCUCAGCCAGUGACUUUCUCAAGACUCCUCAUUCUUAGGCAUCGUAUUACGUUUGGCCCGGCUGGUCUGUGCGUGGUGAUGAAAAAAUCAUCCGAAUCGUUACGGUUGAUGCCGUACAGUGCACUUUAGCAAAGGACUUGCGAAACUCGUGGGUACUCUUGAUUUGUCGGAUGGGAAUCAAGCGUGACGCAUCAAAUAUCCACAGAUAAGAGAUAUAUACAGGAAACCUGCC